AUGUCGAGACAUACUCCAACUAUAACUAAUGUGCUAUUCGCAGAUGAUACUCUUUUGUUUGGAAGAGCUUCACGGCAAGAGGCUGCCCAUGUUCAAUCAAUUAUUCAUGACUAUGCAGCGGCAACAGGUCAACGAGUCAAUUUUCAUAAAUCUCACAUCUUAUUCAGCAAGUACACGCCUCCACGUCUCAAUGAGCAUAUCCUUAAUCUUUUUGGGAUGAACGAGAUGACUCAAUCAGAUAAGUACCUUGGUCUUCCGGCAAUGUGGGGCAGGUCGAAGUCUCAAGCUCUAAAUUGUGUGAAGGAAAAGAUCCUAGCCAGGACCCAAGCAUGGAAGCAGAAGUUGUUAUCCCAAGCGGUUCGGGAAGUCUUAAUAACAGCCGUUCUCAGUGCCAUUCCCACAUAUUCAAUGGCAAUUUUUCAUUAUCCUAAGUGUUUCUGUGAACAAAUGAAUAGUAUUAUAUCCAGAUUUUGGUGGGGUCAAAAAGAUAAUGAAAGGAAGUUGGCUUGGCUUAGUUGGAACAAGGCUUGCCGAUCAAAAUUCAGAGGUGGCAUGGGAUUCAAGGAUUUGGAGAAAUUCAAUUUGUCUUGCUUGGCGGAACAAAGCUGGAGACUCAUUACAGAUCCUAAUAGUUUGUGGAGCAGAAUCAUUAAAGGUUUAUAUUUCCCAAAUUCUUCAUUCCGGAAUGCAUCACAUGGUCGUCGGAGCUCUUGGAUUUGGCAGGGUCUGUUGGCUGGUCGAGAGGUUCUGAGGCAUGGAGUGAGAGUGAAUAUUGGAGAUGGUUCAUCUACAUUAAUUUGGUCAGACCCAUGGAUUCCUUGUCAUAAUUUUAAAGUAACAAGACCUUCUCAGUGUCCCCCUCAUAUCAACAUUGUCUCUGAUUUGAUGCACCAGGAUAGUUUGGCUUGGAAUGUCGGGCUAGUGUGCCAAUUAUUCAAUCCCUCAACUGCAAAGACUAUCUUGUCCAUUCCCAUUGCUCCCCGUGGCAAUGAGGAUUAUCUGAUAUCUCCAAACCUGCGGCACAAGACCUGGAAGUUACCAAUUCAACCAAAGUUACAAAAUUUCUUAUGGAAAGCAAUUCACAAUAUUUUGCCAGUUAAGGAGAACUUAGCCAGAAGGGGCAUCAAAGUUAAUGCCACCUGUUCAAUAUGUAAUCAAUGCUUUGGUGUGGACAUGCUAGAGCGGUCUGGUUUGCAAGUCCUUGUUCUUACAAACCUAACCCAACAGGUGUGGAAGGAGAGGAACAGAGCUGUUUUUGAAGGAGUGGAGCCUAAUCCACUGGCCACAUCUCAUCAUCUUCAUAGGAGUAUAACGGAAUCUUUACAGGUGCAAUCAAUUUCUUCUCAGUAUCUCUCGCCUCACAGAGCUUUAGUUUCAAAUAGAUGGACUCCACCUCCUGUUGGAAAACUCAAAAUUAACGGUGAUGCAGCUUGGAAGGAAAAUUCCUAUUUGUCAGCAAUUGCUGCUCAAGCAUUGACGACUGCUAUUCAUUUUGCUUUGUCGAGAGGCUUUAUUUCAAUUAUAGUUGAAACUGAUUGCGCAAACCUCUAUACUGCCAUCCGAAAUCCACAGAAGGUUGUGUUUUGGGAGAUCCAUGCAAUUGUUAAAACUAUUCAGACUCUCCUAUCUUCCUUUGAGAAUAUUGACUUCUCUUUAGUGAGCAGAAGUGUAAAUUCGGUGGCUCAUACUGUAUCUGGAUUAAAGUUUCGAGAUUCUCUCCCAAGUGACUGGUUAUGUAACACGCCAAAUGAGAUCUCGAGUAUGUUGUUAUUUGAUGCCGCUUUGGCCUUGUAA